AUGCGACAAGCAGCCAUAGAUCGUGCAUCGACAACGAUGCUGGCUCCCAGUCAUGUCAUUCGAAGUAGUCCAGUGCCGACUUCAACGGCAUCGGAUGGUGCUGUUGCUUUACCCAACGGUGGCGUGAACAACGACUCUCAUGCUACUUCAGCGAGAGAAGCUACAACGAAAAGCAAGCGGCGGCGAAAUAAUCGGACCGGAAAGAACGAUACAGCAUCGAACAAGAACUCGACUUUAAAGGAAAAAGCGGAGAAAAGCAAAUCUGCAAUUGCGGUUCAGUCCGGGGGAGAAGCGGAGGAUCGCAAGCCCUCCGUCAACAGGCCCAUAGCAUCGUCGAAAGGGAAGAAGUCACGGAAGAGAUCUGCGAAGAAACCGACACCUACUAGUAUCGACAAUGGCUCUAAUGAUGCACCAGAAAUGGAGGGCAGCCAGAAAACGCCUUCGUCGAGCAACGCAAAACCUCAAGAACAAGGAAAGAAGAAGCCGAAUCGGAAGCGAAACGCGCGCAAAAAGUAUCCAUGGCGCCAACAUAUUCCAGCCGAGUCGGUCGACCCGAUUACGCUCGACUCUUUACAGUCACUGACAUAUCCACCGUUUGCCCUUGUGGCCGAAGCGCCAUUCGACCCAGUAGACGUUUGGCCUAUUCCCGAAGUCAAUGAGGAAGUUUCUAAACUAUCCGUUGUGGAAAGCGAGGAAGAACGCCAUCGAAGAGUACUGGAAGAGCAGUGGGGUGACAAAAUCAAAGCGGAUGAUUCCGUUGACGAAGCGCACGCCAAACUAGUCAAGCCGAAAUCACGACAUUAUCACUUAUACGACGGGCGAGCCUUGGCAUACUGGAUGGCUGCUUCAAAUCAAUUCAUUGAUCCACUAAAUCGACGCGAUAUUACGCGAGACGAGCUCGUGAAUCUUGAUUACUACUUGAAAAAACACGGCUUUCAUGAUUUGAACGUGACAGAAGCAUACGACACAAAAGGCGUGACUAUUUCGACGGCGGGGGCCGCUGGCAAUACGGCAGCAGGACGUGCGACUAUUCUUCAACAGGAAGCUUCGGUUUUGCUAAAUUCUCUUUUUGGAAGAACGUCGGUAUCCCGAUCGACCCAACGUGACCACAAUACAGGAGGAGCGUCAAAUCCACUCAUGGCUCAGUAUCAGGCGUAUGAGGGUAUUCAAGGAGAACAACCGGGGACAAGUCAGCAUCACCGAAAUUCAAACGUAACGCAGGAAGGCUCGUCUUCUCGUGUGGGAAAUAAUGGACCCGGCACUUAUCCUUACAGCGAAACAGACGCAGGUGUAUAUGGGGAUUUGGGUGGAAUUCUGAUCAUUGACGAUGAUCUAAAUCCUGGCCUCCGAGGAGCUGCUGCAGAGUUUGUCCCUUCUACAAAUCCAGCACGAAAUAACGGCUCUUCGAACGCCAACAUCUUGUGGUCCGCCAGUCACAUUGCCAAUCGUUAUAGUCACGCAUCACGUGUUGAACAGCAUGAGUUUCCAUCUUUGGCACCUGCCGCCGUGCCGACGGCCUCCUACACCACAAAAGAGUCGCUGAAGAAGAAACGUCUACCAAAGGUCAAAACCCUAAACAAAAUUGCAACAGCUGUCAAAAAGACGGAACCUGAAGAAUUACGACGGCAGUGGGAGGCACGUGAAGAAGCACGGCGGAAGGCUAUGAUGAGCACUUUACGUUUUGGGUCCGAUCCUUCUUGGAAUACCUUGGAGGAGAUGGAAGUACCAACAUCGAUAACUACCACGAGGGAUGGGAGUCCUUCAGAAACUCAUUUAGAACGCAACAGAGCUUUUGCAGAAGCUUUAGGUGUUACACCAGUCACACAACGGGAAUCAGUGUACACAGGCUGGGCGCGUCCUGUGCUACACAAAAUGGAAUUGGGCGAGUUUGGUGACGAGCUGAACGUCACAAUUUUCCCAGAUGCUUUGAUUAUGGAAGCCAGAGAACGCAUGCAGCUUCUGAGCAAGAUUGAGAAAAAAUGGAAAGGAUUUUUGAUAGAUGAUACGGCAGCAUCGCUUCCGCUUAGUCGGAUGGACAGACCUACCCGUGCUUUCAUUCAUCUCUACUCCGACUAUUGGAAGCUGCAUACGGAAAGUUUUGAUCCGGAACCGAAUCGAUAUAUUCACUGUGUCAAGUUGCGUGACACUGCUGCACCUUAUCCACUCUUGUCUGACGCGGCUCGUAAUUGGAGAGGCCCCAGGCCUUUGCUCCAGAAUUCUGUCGAGUCCGAUCGCGCUUCUCUUCAAACGGCAGGGCAAAGCACAGGGCGGGAUCUGUCACGAUCUGGCGAACGUGUACCAUUGCAUCUAAAACCACGAUCGACUGACACAGAAUCACCUCUAAUUGCUGGUGGUAUAUCCAUCGGUGGCGCUUGUACGCACACACUGAAUGGAGAUUUAGUUCCUACAUCACGGUUUGCAGCUCUGGCUUGUGAAACAGAACGGCCCAAGCUCGAUCUACAGAAACGGACGUUGCCCUUAGAAAUGCCACCGUUUCAGCCGGAAGAAAAAGGAUUCAACGUUUCAGAGUUGUCUCAAAAGCAACGGGAACGCAUGGAAGAAAAGUCCCAAAAGGAACGAGAAAAAUCAGAGCAGCAACGCCGUUUAUUAGCACAGGCAUUCGCAAGUGACGACGAAGGUGAUGGAGUUAUGGACGUUGAUGACGAUAGCUGGCAGGAGCCUGAAGCUGAAUACCAGAGCAGCAACGAAGAUGAAUCUUAA